ACUGAGCAUGCUCGGGUGCUACCGAGCAUGCUCGGUAGCGUUUGGUGCUAAAACUUGACGGGCAGCCGAAAAGGGGGGUCCGGCUAGGCCGGGCUGGUUCUGGUCGAGUUGGGGCCGGGAUUUCUGUACGCCAUGGGGAAAAGGGACAACCGGGUGGCGUAUAUGAAUCCCAUAGCAAUGGCUAGAUCACGAGGUCCUGCUCCAUCUUCAGGACCUACCAUACAAGACUACUUGAACAGACCAAGACCAACAUGGGAAGAAGUAAAAGAACAGCUAGAAAAGAAGAAGAAGGGCUCCAAGGCUUUAGCAGAAUUUGAAGAAAAAAUGAAUGAGAACUGGAAGAAAGAACUAGAAAAACACAGGGAGAAAUUGUUAAGUGGAAGUGAGAGUACUUCAAGAAAGAAAGAGAAAAAGAAAAAGGAGAAGAAAUCCAGUAGGUUGUCUCCAUCUUCCUCUUCCUCAUCAAGCUCUGAUUCUUCCAGCAGUUCUUCUGAUUUUGAAGAUGAGGAUAAGAAACAAGGGAAAAAAAGAAGGAAAAAAAAGUAUCGCACUUCACGGAAAUCGUCUGAAAGCUCUAGUUCGGAUUCUGAAUCAGACAGCAAGGACAACAAAAGCCUUGGUAGAAAAAGGAAAAAAACAGAUCGUGGAGAUGAUGUGUUAUCAUUGGAGUCGUCUUCAGAAUCUGAUCAUACAGAGGAGGUACAAACAAAAAAGAAGAAAAGCAGUGAAGAAAAAGAGAAAAGUGAUAAAACAAAAAAGCGAAAGAAGCACAAGAAACAUGGCAAAAAGAAGAAAAAGAAGACUGCUAGCUCAAGUUCUCAUUCAGAAUAACUUCAGUCAAGACUUUCCCCUCCCUUCUCAUCAGAAGUGCAAUGAGAUUUGAGAAAACUGCAACUGUGAAAAUGACAAACUCUACCAAGCUGCAUGAGCUUUCUUGUGUGUUAACAAUAUUCUAGACUUACAGCUUGCCCGGUGCCAUUGGGCUGGAAAUAGCCAUUGUUGUUGCCUGAGGCUUAAUACAUGUAGUCUUUCCUCUCUCUUUUCAGUAGCUAGCUAGUGUUAGAUGUUUCAACAUGAGUCCUGCACAUGGUUUAAAUGAGUCAGCAGCAGUGUGAAUUGAGUUUGAAAUGAAAAGGUGUUGCCCGUUCCAGAGUUUGAUAUGUACUCUCUUGUGCACAUGGACCCUCCUGCAUGCAUGGGGUCCGUGUAUAUGGAAGGACCCAAUUCACAGAAGCGAAGAACUGCACAUGGGUGUUGGCUCCAUCCAUAAUGAAUGGAGCAGCCCUUGUGAACAGCAAUGCUCUGUGUAUGCAUCGGAGCCCUACUUGCAAAAACUGAACUUGGCCACCUGCUUUUAAUAGACUGGUGAUGGCUUAAAUGUUCCUUGUGGAGAAAUUUUUAAAAUUGCAUUUUUGAAUAUGUAAGAUAGCAAAUUUUUUGGACAUUUCAUUACUACUGAUGCCAUUUUUGACAUAGGAACAUGCCAGUAACAUAUAGAAAUGUUACUUUUGUAGAUGUGUGUAAUUUAAUUUUGCUCUUGACUUUUGGGGUGGGACACGGGUGUUCAUGCUCUCUUGGAUCUGAGAACAACUUUGGAUUCUUGCAAAUGACAGCAGUGUUUGCUGAUACUGGCGCUGUGCUUCCCAGGGUACUUUCAUCAAGCUUUUUCUUUCCGAAUAUGAGGUAGAAUCCACUGACACCUCUUCCUAUGCCAGGCCUGUUUAAAUAAAUGGGAGUCGCAUACGAGAGGUUGUGCUGAUCGUCUGAAAGGGCAUUCAUGAGGCAACCAAAUGGUGAAUGUGGGGUGGGUGGGGAGUGGCUCUUCUUACAACAAAAAGUAUGGCAGGAAGAGGAGUUGAACUUUGCCACCCAUGCAUGACUGCUUCUCCCCAGCCCAGCUCACUUCCUGUAUUGGAAGUGGGCUGGGAGAAAAGUCCUUGUAGGAAUAGAUCGUGAGGCAAUAAAGCAUGGGAAGGAGAAGGUUGAACUCUCCUCGCCAUCUAACACACCAACAUACCUCUAGCCCACCACCUCACUUUAUAUGGGAGGAGGGCAGACAUGUGAGCAACAAAUGUGACUGCUUCCAUCACAUCUAGUUUGGCCCUCAGCUUAUUGCAACUGUAUUGCAUCUGCUACGAGGGUGAGCGAAAACACCAACCUAUUGCGGCACAGCAGACAUCCAAACAGUAAGGAUUUUAUUCCUGUUGAAUUAGAAUACUUACUGUGCUAGGAAUGUACAUUACCAUUAUCUGAGGUAUUAGUGAGUUUCACUGAAUGUUUUUGGCAAACAUUUUUUUUUAAUGGUGUCAGGGGAUUUAGAAUUAAUGGUCUGCAUGAUUUUGUACCAUUUUUAAAUUAAUAGAGGAAUACAGUUGUAAUUUGUGCGGGUUUUGUUUAAUUAUGUUCCAAUUAUAGGUAUUGUUCAUAUUGCAUUCAUGGCUAUGUUUAAAUGCACACUUGCUGAAGAUAUUUAGCAUGUAAAAAGCUGGGGGGUUUGAUAUCAAACAGCUUCAUAUUGAAGCUGAUUUUACUCUACGCAAGUUCAGUGGCAGACCUGUUAUGCAACUAUGUCUUGGUAUAUAAAAUUACUGCCAGGCACUCAGUAAAGAUAAUGCUUAAAACGUG